UAAAAUUGCAAGUCUUAUCACCAUGGAUGUUUCUCCUCAAUUAUCGAUAGUGCGAUAAGGCCAUCUCCAUCGGGUUUAUUAUUAUUUAGGCGAGGAAAACAAAAAUUCGGCAUUCGGCAAUGCCUCCUAGUAAACUAGAUAGUCUCUACCGGCGAAUGCUGAUAACGAGGUUCUUCGAAAAGGGGUGGGGAAAGCCGGAGAACUUGCGCAGAGUAUUUCAGUUCCGAAAAAUAAUAUCGAAUAGGGAAUUAUGUUUCAAGCUCGUUCCUCGAGACUAUCCGGUGGAGAUCACAAAGAAACAAAUUUAUGCGGAGAGCACCCUAAUAGAAGGCCAAUUUAAAACCCCCCUUGAGUUACAUUUGCCUGGAGUUGUUCCAAAAGAAUCCCAACAGGCGCAUUUCCAAUUGUUGAUCCCGAACAAGUGGAAAAAUGAAAAGCACAAGCCGGUAUGCAUUCACUUGGCUGGAACUGGUGAUCAUUUCUUUUGGAGGAGAAGAAAUUUCAUAGCGAAACCCCUUCUGAAGGACGCCAACAUUGGAUCCAUAAUACUUGAAAACCCGUUUUAUGGUCUAAGAAAACCAAAUAACCAAACACGAUCCAACCUUCAUAAUGUGUCUGAUAUCUUCGUGAUGGGUGGGUGCCUCAUCCUUGAGUGCCUUGUUCUCCUUCAUUGGUGUGAAAGGAAUGGAUUCGGUCCUCUAGGCGUUACUGGAUUAUCAAUGGGCGGACAUAUGGCAUCACUCGCUGCAACUAACUGGCCAAAGCCGUUGGUACUUGUACCAUGCCUAUCCUGGUCCACCGCCUCUGCUGUUUUUACCACUGGAGUAAUGAGUCAAUCCAUCAACUGGGAUAUGUUGGAAACGCAAUACUUCUCUGACGGACAGUAUAGGGAACGGCUAUCCAAAAUGGUCACAGUGAUAGACGAUGCGUUUUCAGCGGGACAAAGUUUCAUCCAAAACUUCAACCAAUCUCUGCAAGAACUGAAAGAAGACAUAAGUGAUACGAGGAAGAUCCAGGAACAUGAGAACAGCAACACCUGUGGCGACAAAUAUGAGACACAGGGCAUAUGCGCUCAAGAAGACAGUUCAAUAUUCCUAACCAAGUCUCUGAAGAACACAAAACUUGACUCUGAAAACCUGACAAUAGAUAUUAAGGACACCCUCAGUCAAAAGGUCGCGAUCGAAACAGAUGAACCUUCUAAGGAGACGGGCUCAGCGCUGACAAACCUCAUGAAAUUCAUUCUCCCCCUUUCGGCGCAAAACAAAUCCGAUAAAAUAGAUAUAACCAAGACGAAUUGGUGGGAACGGGAGGCGCUCCAGUUUAUGCGUGGCAUGAUGGACGAGUGCACCCAUCUGAAGAACUUCUCGGUUCCCUUCGACACCUCUCUGAUAAUUGCGGUAUGCGCAAAGGAUGAUGCCUAUGUGCCGCGGGAAGGAUGUUCCAGCCUCGAGGAUAUAUGGCCCGGAGCAGAGGUACGAUACUUGGAUGCUGGUCAUGUGAGCGCCUACGUCCUGCACCAGAAACUGUUUAGAUCCUGCAUUAUAGAGGCUUUUGAAAGGGCAAAGAAGGUCUAUGAGAAUGACAUUGGUGAAGGCCCAAAAUGUGAUAUAACCUAUCAACAAUUGUUGAAAAAGUAUGACAAAAAUAUUCAGUAAUAAUAAGUUAGUAAAAUUUAUACAAAAUAAAGAAUAUGUUGCCAUAUAAAAAAAAGGUUUGCAAUUUU